UUAUAUUGUAAAACUAAUCCAUUAAGAAAUGUGGAUUUAUUUUUAUUAUUAUAAACAAAUUUUGCUGCAUACGACUCCCCAAGGAACUUGAGAACUGAAAGAUGGAAGACGAGCUCAACGGCGUCGUUCCAUGUUCUUCCCUCGCCGUCGAAUCCACCAUUCGCGUCGGAACGGCCGGCGCUCUAUGGGGCUUGUGUAUGGGUCCGUACAAUUCUCGUAAAAAUGGCCUCAGUGGCGUCGACCAUGCUGCUUUCGUGGUAUCAUAUACUUGCUAUUUUGUUUUGAUUUCCGAUUAUUUGGAUGAGAUGGUAGCAUUGUGGCGUUUGUCCGAUUUGAAAGUGUCUUUGUGGUCUAUUUUUCAGGCGAAGUCUGUUGGAAAGAACGGCUUUCAAUGUGCUAAACAGAUCGAUUGCGGGUGCGGUCGCAGGAGCUGCAAUUGCUACAAGGACUAGAAGAAGUUGGUCGCAGGUUGUUGGGAUGGCUGCCCUUGUGUCUGCCUUCAGUGCUGCAGCUGAAUAUUCAAGAUCACUUUAGAAUACCUCUUGUGGGAAGAACAAAACCAUGAGGUAUUCACCAUUCAAUCCAUUUCCAUUACUUGUGAAUGACAUGCUGCAUGCCCAAAAUUCAGCAAAUGUUGGUCCUGUAUCGGUUGAAGGAGGGAGGGACCGGAACCUCGUUAUGUCGUUUCCACUCAAUUCUUCACAAUUGCAGCUAACUUCUGGUGAGUUAAAAGCUGUAAAUGAUGGAAAAGCCGUGUACCAGCUUUCUAGUGGCCUACAAUGACUGCUCUACUAAAGAUGAUGUUUACUAAAGAUGAAAAACUAUCGUAUAGUAUAUUAUAGUCAAAUAUCUUGUAUGAUUGAGGAUAUUUUACCUUCCAUUACGGUUUACUGUAGGCAUCAUAUUUGAUAGACAAAUAUCUUGUAUGAUAUUUAGCCUUCCA